AUGGAGGAUCUGCCCAACGAUGCCAAGUCCAAAGAGGUCGUGAGACUCUGGAGGGCCUGGAGGACGGUGCACGAGAUGGUCGCCGAUCGGGAGUAUGAAUUGGCAGAAGAAGAAGUCAACAUUUCGCUGGAUCGCUUUCGCGACGAGUACUGCAAUCCAGAUGGUUCAGUAAACCGCUCCAAGCUCCAGUUCUCCGCGCGUCCCAGCGACGCCAUGCUCAAGAAAAACACCCCCCCCGCAACCGAGUCCAACCCCGAUCCCGUCCCCGACUGCGGCCCUGUAUGGGUCGAGUUCUUGACCGACAAGCAAUUCGGCGUCGGUCAGAUCCGCCAGUUCGCCAAAUACACCAUCUCAAACAACUACAAGACCGGCAUCAUGGUCACCCACGUCCCGCUGUCCCCAGCCGCGCGCAAGUCCCUCGCUAGUGUCGAGAACCUCGCCAAGAUUGAGUGUUUCCUCGAAGACGAUCUCCUGGUCAACAUUACGCACCACGAGCUGGUGCCCCGACACGUGUUGCUCUCAAGAGACGAGAAGUCGGCCUUGCUAAAGAGAUACCGUUUGAAGGAAACGCAGCUGCCUAGAAUUUUGCAAAAGGACCCCGUGGCAAGAUAUUUGGGGUUGAAAAGAGGGCAGGUCGUCAAGAUUAUCCGAGUCAGUGAGACGGCUGGUCGGUAUGCGAGUUACAGAUUGUGCGUCUGA